AUGGGUGGCAUGGAUAAAAUUUGGCAUAAGCACGGCGAUAUUCUCCAUUCUUGUAAAUGGAGAACCAGUGGGUUUUCCUCUCCCGAAAGGGGAAUCAGACAGGGUGAUCCUCUUUCACCCUUGUUAUUUAUCUUGGUAAUGGAGGGAUUUGAUAUUAUGAUAAGGAUUGCUACUCAAAACAGAUGGAUCAGAGGUUUCCAAAUUAGUGGAAACAAUGGGUUGAAAGUUAACUGGGAGAAGAGAAGUUUAUAUCCUAUUAAGGAUGUGACAAACAUUCAAAGUCUAGUGAACAUUUUGGGAUGCGGAGUGGGAGAAUUUCCCACAACUUAUUUGGGUUUGCCUUUAGGUAAUACACACAAAGAUUUGAAGAUAUGGGACAACAUAGUCGACAAGACUGAAAAGAGACUAGCUAGAUGGAAGGCUCAAUACAUUUCUUUUGGUGGUAGACACAUUCUUAGCAACUUCGUUCUAGAUUCUCUCCCAACAUAUGUUAUGUCUCUUUUCACUAUACCGGCGAAAGUGGUUAAGAAAUUGGAAAAACUUAGGAGAGAUUUCCUUUGGCAUGGCUGCAAAGAUAACAAAGGAUACAAUGUGGUCAAGUGGGCGACAAUUUUUCAUAGAAAAGAUAAAGGUGGCUUGGGCAUUAGAUAUUUGAGGAAGCAUAACAACAGUCUUUUGAUGAAAUGGUUGUGGAGAUACACAAAGGAGAGGCAACCUUUGUGA